AAAUGGAGUUUACCAAUGAUUUCACAGAUAUUCUUGGCGUUGAAGGUACGAAAUUGCAAGGUUCGCAUUUGCAGUCAGUGCUCAAUGAUGAAAAGAAGAAGAAACCAAAAAAGGUGAAUAAACUUCCAGCUCCAAAUCAGUUCAAAAAACCUGAAGGAAUGGCUAGGGAGCUUUUUAAUUUACUACGAGAUGGGUCGACUGGAUCGCUAGCCCAAAACCAAUCUGGAAUACCUUUGGAUAAAUCACCAUUGAUACAGGCUGACACCAAGUUGGGCUACAAGUUGACUAAGGCUAAAAUGAGCAAGUUUCAUCCCAGAGCUUGGAAACAAACUCCGUUUGCAAUUCCAAUGAGGGACGACGGAAUUGUGUUUUUUCACUGGAAGCGUGAAUGUGACGGAACAGGAGAGUCGCAAUUUGCGAGAUUCAAUAAGCAUGUAAAUAAUCCAUCGUAUACAUCUGUAGAAUAUGCUCAGUAUUUAAAUGAUUCAAGCUGGAGCGAAGAGGAAACGGCACAUUUAAUGGAUCUUUGUAAUCAGUUCGACACUCGUUUUAUCAUAAUCCAAGACAGAUAUGACUCCGACAAAUUUAGACAUAGGUCGAUUGAGGAUCUGAAAGAGCGGUAUUACAACAUAGUCGCAACGCUGCAGCACGUGAGAUCUGGGAAUACAGGAGAGCCUCCAAAGUUAUAUGAUGCGGCUCAUGAGCGGAAACGAAAAGAGCAACUGGAAAGGCUUUGGAACCGAACACCAGAAGAGGUAAAAGAAGAAGAGAGGCUGGUUGAAGAACUGAAGAAAAUUGAAACCCGGAAGCGUGAAAGGGAAAAGAAAGCACAGGACUUGCAAAAGCUCAUCAGUGCUGUAGAUAGCCGUCCGAAGUCUCAGCCUUCGCAAUUAAAUAAAAAUAAAUCAGUUUUUAAGGACAGUUCGCAAAAGAAAACACUACAGAUUUCAUCAGCAGUACCAAUAACAAAGAAUACAGUUGAAUCUUCUGGUAUAAAAUGGGCGGAAGCUAAAUCAUUUGGUGCUUCUACUCGUAGUCAUUACAUGAGACUUCCAGCCAACCUUGGAAACAAGAAAUCGAAAGCAAUCGAACAACUUCUCAUUGAAUACGGCCUCGAAGUUUGGCCAAAAGCGGCUUCAGAAGAAAUUGUCACGGAAUUUAAUGAGCUACGAAAUGAACUCGCAAUUUUGUAUGAACUGAAACAGGUGGACGAGGCUAUCGAUUUUGAGUUACAAACUUUGACGCAUCGGCUGAAUUCGUUUAAACGAUGAACUUGCUUGUGAUCUUUGUUGUACCGUUGGUGACCAAGGGCAGCUUGAAUUGACCACGGUGGUCGAUUUAACCCUUGUUGGGCGAGGAAGAUAGAGAGAGAACUUAAUUGGUGGUAUUUGAUUCAACUGCAAUCUGAUAAUUUUCCCAUUUUGUAGCGGAUAAUUUUGGAAUCAGUGUUUCGAUAGCAUGUAUGAAAGUGAGUUUUACAAUCUUGUGUAUAGUAAAUAUUUUUGUGAGAGUUAGUUACAGACCAAUAUAAGCUUGAAUCG